AUGCCGGCCUACGUACCUCCGUAUCUUUUGGGACCUUUACCUAACACCUAUGCUUUCACCAAACAAAUUGCUGAGCACGUAGUCGGAGAAGAGGCUUUAGGCAUACCUGCCUGUGUAUAUCGGCCAUCUAUAGUGAUUGCUUCAGUCAAGGAACCUAUAAGAUCGUGGAUAGAUAAUAUAUAUGGCCCAGUAGGUCUGAUCCAAGGUGCUGUAAUCGGAUUACUACAUAUAAUGAUCGGUAAUCCAGAAGGCAGGGCAGAUUUAGUCCCAGUAGAUUACGUUAUCAACAGUUGUAUAGCUUCAUCAUAUAAAACAGCCCAGGACAGGUCCUUGUCUGACAUACCAGUGUUCAAUUAUACUACAUCCGACACAAAUGCUCUAUUAUGGAAACAUCUGGUACUGUGUACUUACCAAGGAUGGAAAGUAGGCUCGGAAAAACUCUUGUGGAAAUACUUUUUCAGGUUUACCAAUAACAAGUACAUAUUUCGGACACUGCAUUUCCUGUUAGAGAUCAUACCAGCACAUAUAAUUGAUUUCACGGCUGUCAGGGCGGGCAAAAAAGCAAU